AACCCCUGCUGUGCUUUACGCUAGAAGCAAGUGUGAGUGGAAAGAAGGAGGGCAGCCUGAGGGCAAGUUUUCUGGCGGAACCUCACAAAAAUAGCUUUUCGUUUUGUUUGAAAAUGCGUCAGAUAACGACGGAAGGAGCCCAACAAGAGUCUCAGCCGAGAUUGAAGGAAAACGGCACCGAUAAAACAGCAGAAACCGGCAUGGAAGGACAGGCCGUACCUGAUCCCAAACAGGAACCGGCCGACAACAACGAGAGCAGCAGAGCAGGAAUACACGCAGUGAGUGGCCGCGAUGCCGCGGAGGAGCAAGGGGACUUGUCUCCCGUCCCCGGCGUAGACAAAGAAACCGCUUCACCUAACGAGAAGUCGGGCACUGGUGAACGGGGCCCGCAUAUAAAACACUCUGAAGCUGGGAAAAGUCCCGCACAGGGGAGUUUGGCAAGUAGCACCAAUUCCGCACAAGAGGGCUCCCGGGUGCUGAAACACGAACAAAGAGAGGGGGAGAACGUGUCCACCUCAUUGCCUGCUGACCGCACAAAGACCGCGGAGAAAGCCGAGCACGGCACCAAGAGACGGGCCAGCGUGGAGCUGACCUCGUCGGACGGAGAGCCGCUUAGUCGGAUGGAUUCAGAAGACAGUAUAAGCUCCACUCUGAUGGACAUGGAGAGUACGGCAUCCAGCGGUCGCUCCACCCCAGCUAUGCUCAACGGUCACGUGGGGGGUGGAGUAGCAGGUAGUGGCUCAAUGCCAGCGGGGGGCAAAUCUCUGAGCUACACCUGCUGCUGGGAUCACUGCCAGCUGCUGUUCCCCAGCAGCCCUGACCUGGCUGAACACAUCAGAGCGACACAUGUGGAUGGACAGAGAGGAGGGGUGUUUGUGUGUCUGUGGAAGGGCUGUAAGGUGUACAACACUCCAUCCACCAGUCAGAGCUGGUUACAGAGACACAUGCUAACUCACAGCGGCGACAAACCUUUUAAGUGUGUAGUCGGGGGCUGCAAUGCCACAUUUGCCUCACAGGGGGGGCUUGCACGUCAUGUCCCCACUCACUUCAGCUCCCAGAGCUCAUCCAAAAUGUCCAGUCAAGGUAAAGUAAAAGAGGAGUCUCCAUCCAAGGCUGGCCUCAACAAGAGGAGGAAACUCAAGAACAAACACAGGCGCUCUCUCCCGCGACCUCAUGACUUCUUUGACGCUCAGACCAUGGACGCCAUCCGUCACCGAGCCAUCCUCCUCAACCUGGCAACACACAUCGAGAGCCUGGGCAAUGGACACAGUGUGGUCUUCCACAGCACGGUAAUAGCCAGAAGGAAGGAGGACUCUGGGAAAGUGAAGGUCCUGUUGCACUGGACCCCUGAAGACAUACUGCCGGACGUGUGGGUGAACGAGAGUGACAGACCGCAGCAGAAGACCAAAGUGGUUCAUCUGUCCAAGCUGCCCUCAGACACCGCUGUCCUGUUGGACCCUAACAUCUACAGGAUGUUCUUCUGACCACCUCCUGGUGAGCUCCACUGUCACUUCCUGCUAAUCCACAAGGAGGCCUCCUCCAUCUUUGUUUCUCCCUCAUUCCAGGGGGUGCUGGGAGUGUAGUGGCUGUGUGAGGCCUCCAGUGUUUUCUACAUUAGGUGCUAACUUUACUGAGGAUGUGUAAGUAACACAACUAGUCUGAAAACUGACAGCUCGUAGCUGUAGACUGUAGAGAGAAGCGGUCUUUGUAAAUACAGGAGAUUUGUAAUAUAUUUUUAUACUUUGGAUUUUUACUGUACUGUAGAUAGAUGUCUUUUUUCUGCCAAAACAUUUUGGAAUAGAUGUUUUAAAAGAUGAUAUUGUAUGUGCAUUGUGCUUAUAGCUGGCACUGUUUGAUGUCAUUAAACGUUUCUGAUGUCCACCCUCUCUGAAGUCUUUAGCUGUUUCCACAGGAACUGUCACAGGACAUCUCGUAUGUUGAUGAGGACAAAAUGGAAAUGUUAUUAUUGUAGAUUUAUACUGUACUCAUUGCUUUAAAACAGCACCACAAAAAAUCACGAUGUGACCAAAGCGUGCAUCUUCUCACGAUCCUUCCAGAUCCAACUGCCCAUCAUUCAUCUUACAGCUGUUUCUUUACAUGGAGUAAAUACUUUGCCAAAACAAUGCUAUACCUGAUACAGUUAAUUAAGGAAUUAAAUAUGUCAGCAUAAGCAGACCUUUUCUAAUAAAAUCAGUAUAUUUAUACUACUGCACUUUAUUAGGUACCCAUGUGAAAUCAGCACAGGGAUGGGCACUGAGCAGAGGAGCUCCCCGUGCUUCUGGAUACUCCAGCUUCCUCCUGCAUGGCCGUUAAACAGUGUAUAGAAUAAAACACUGCAUAUGUUUAAAAUGUGACUUUUGGUCUAAAGUGUUUUGAGUGGUCAGUAAGACUAGAAAGGUUCUAUAUUAAUGUGAGUACAUGAAUCUAAUGCAGCUCAAUAAAACACCUUUAAAGUCUA